GGCCGUCGCCAUUUUGUCAGAAGGUUUUUUUGCGGAUUAUUUUCAAAUGUUCUCCCUUCCCGCCGGAAUAAUGCAAUCACUGGAUAUACCAUUGACAUUUGUGUUGAAGACAAUGCGUCGAAUGGAUCGAAUUUAGACAAUUAAGAAGCAAAUAAUUUAGCAUAGUUUAAAUAUAUUUAGGGGGAGCCGCAUUUAUAGUUGUCAGUGUCUCUGGUCUACCGGGCCGGUUCACUGCGCAGGUUUGGGACGCGCGCCAUUUUGUGAAAAUUGACAUUAAAAUUAUUGUCCAAAAUAAGUGUAUAUUUUAGGGUAUGAUAUUUGUUUCAUAUUUUGGGGGAUUUUGAUUGUUAUUCGUUAUGAUUGCCUACGUCCGUGUUUCCCGUGGUGAGCUUGCAAGAAAACGGAACAAUCUGAAUGUAACAACCUUUUAUUUAGCUAUUGAAUUCCUAGCUACAGAAUCUUGUUAGCUAACCUUAGCUAGUCAACAGCAGUAGCCACGUUCGUUUUGUCAACUAGCUAGCGAGCAUACAAGCUAGCUGGCGCUAGUCAUCAGCUGAUGCAGGUCGAAGUUGGGUGGAUAACUAAUUUUCUUGGUUCGGAACGCAUUUGAUCGUCAAGGAGUUUUACUUGGCUGGCCAGAGGGGGAUACUUUUCACCUUCGCGUUACGGGAAUUGAGUUGACUGACUGCUACCGUUAACUUAGCCGACGACUGAGGGCGGAGAAGCUCAAGCUGGAUAAGUUGCCCUAUCAUACAGGUUAUUUGACUUUAAAUGAAGAUCGUGCCAUCAGAGUGGGUUGUGGUUUGCUGUUGGACUCUCCUCCCAGGAUGAUAUGAAAUUUUACAGGAGACGAUGCAUCCAGGAGGAGAGACUUCAGCAUGCAAACUUUCGUCCGUCCGGCUUGCGCCCUCUUUUUCUUUCCACGCUGCUGGUCUUCAGAUGGCUGCUCCAAUGCCCCAUACGCACCAGCAGUACAGUGACUGCCACCAGCCAAGCACUGACCAAACUGCUGCGGUCCUACCGUACAGCGACCAGACGCAACAGCUCACUGCCAACCCGAGGCACAUGCCCCAGUGCUUUCGUGACCCUACUUUGGCUCCCCUGCGGAAGCUCUCCAUAGACCUUAUCAAAACCUAUAAACAGAUCAAUGAGGUGUAUUAUGCAAAAAAGAAGCGGCGGCACCAAACGGGUCAGGGUGAAGACUCCAGUCACAAGAAAGAGAGGAAGGUCUUCAACGAUGGCUAUGACGAUGACAACUACGAUUACAUUGUCAAGAAUGGGGAAAAGUGGAUGGACCGCUAUGAGAUUGACUCAUUGAUCGGCAAAGGGUCAUUUGGACAGGUUGUAAAAGCUUAUGACCGUGCAGAGCAGGAGUGGGUUGCCAUCAAGAUCAUCAAGAACAAAAAAGCUUUUCUCAAUCAAGCCCAGAUUGAAGUGCGUCUCCUAGAGCUCAUGAACAAACAUGACACUGAGAUGAAAUACUACAUAGUUCACCUGAAACGUCACUUCAUGUUCCGGAACCACCUCUGCCUGGUGUUUGAGAUGCUCUCAUACAACCUAUACGACCUGCUGCGGAACACCAACUUCCGUGGCGUCUCUCUCAACCUGACCAGGAAGUUUGCCCAGCAGCUUUGCACUGCGCUGCUGUUCCUGGCCACGCCUGAGCUCAGCAUCAUCCACUGUGACCUGAAGCCUGAGAACAUCCUGCUGUGCAACCCCAAGAGGAGCGCCAUCAAGAUAGUGGACUUUGGCAGCUCCUGCCAACUGGGACAGAGGAUAUACCAGUACAUCCAGAGUCGUUUUUACCGCUCCCCAGAGGUGCUGCUGGGCAUGCCCUAUGACCUGGCCAUCGACAUGUGGUCCCUGGGCUGCAUCCUGGUAGAGAUGCACACCGGAGAGCCCCUCUUCAGUGGCGCCAACGAGGUGGACCAGAUGAAUAAGAUAGUUGAAGUUCUAGGUAUCCCCCCCAAUCAUAUUAUGGACCUAGCCCCAAAAGCCAGGAAGUUCUUUGAGAAGCUAUCAGAUGGCACAUGGAGCGUUAAGAAGACCAAAGAUGGCAAAAGGUAUAAGCCUCCAGCCUCUCGAAAGCUCCACUCCAUCCUGGGUGUGGAGGCCGGGGGUCCAGGUGGCCGGCGGGCGGGGGAGUCUGGCCAUGCCGUCGCUGACUACUUGAAGUUCAAGGACCUGAUCCUGCGGAUGUUGGACUAUGACCCCAAGAGCCGCAUACAGCCCUACUACGCCCUACAGCACAGCUUCUUCAAGAAGACUGCAGACGAGGGGACCAACACGAGCAGCAGCGUGUCUACCAGCCCAGCGCUGGAGCAGUCCCAGUCCUCUGGAACCACCUCCAGCACCUCCUCCAGCUCAGGAGGAUCAUCUGGGACAAGUACCAGUGGCAGAGCAAGGUCCGACCCCACCCAUCACCACCUACACAGUGGAGGGCACUUUGGGGCAGUGCUGCCAGCCAUCGAUGGUGACACCCUCUGUCCACAGGCAAGAAAGACUUACCCUCCCCCAUUGGUGAGGGGAGGCGGCAUUGGACCAGAGCCAGUGGCCGGAGAGACCCACCCAGUCCAGGAGACCACCUUCCAUGUCCCCCCUCAGCACCCCAAGGCCCUGCACCCCCACUCCCACCCCCAUCAUCACCACGCGCAGGUGAUGGCCACAAGGCCCCGCCCACGGCAUUACACCUCCCCCACACACAGCGCCUCCACACAGGACUCCAUGGAGGUGGUGCAUGGCCAUUUGUCCAUGACCUCCCUGUCUUCCUCUGCCUCCUCUUCCUCCACAUCUUCCUCUUCCACUGGGAACCAUGGCAACCAGGCCUACCAGCUCCGCCACCUGCCCUUUGGGCACCACGGCGGGCUGAGCAUGGGGUUGGGCGCCUUCUCGAACCCCCGGCAGGAGACUGGCAUGGCCGCCCACCCCGCGUACCCCAUGGGCACAAACACUGGGCCGGCUCACUACCUACCAGAGGGCCACCUGGGCAUGAGGCAGGGCAUGGACCGGGAGGAGUCUCCCAUGACUGGAGUAUGUGUGCAGCAGAGUUCCAUGGCCAGCUCGUGACUGCACUGACAUUUGGCUGUGUGUUCCCCCUGUGCGUCAUUUUUAAGGUGGUGUUUUUUACUACAGGUGUGUCGAACUAAAGCUGCUCACGUCAGAAGGGAGAUAUCACUGAACCGCUACUACAGCGAAGAUCCUUUAAAAGAAUGUGGUUUCCGUUUUUCUUUUGCAAUCAUUACACAUAGUAAUGUUGCAAAAUAACCAUAGUAAAAUUCAAUCCAUUUCACAAAAUUCAUGUAACAAAUAACCACCAUCUGGUAUUACGUGGCAAAAUCUUCUGGUGAGCAUUGGGGAUAAAGUUGGAAGCAGUUUUACAGGUAGCUGUCAGUAAUGAAAUGCUAACACAUCCUCUUAUUUAAAACUGUGGAAUUUCUGACAUUUUUGUUCCACAGGUUGUUGAUUGUUUUACCCUUUUUAAAGUGAAUUUUCACAAAAGAGCUGCUUUUAAAACAUGUAGCUUGACCAGGAGGAAGUGUUUGCAGUGAUAUUUCGUGUUGUCUGUCGGUAUUGUGUAACUCUGUGAGAGGGGAGCACAUAGCAGUGGAGUUCCUAUAGCGUGCGCCGGCCCAGACAGUGGAGGGGAUACCCUGCAGGUGGAAGAUGUUGGGAGGUUCUGAGGGGAGCGCUGCCCCCAUUAAGUUCAGGGGCCUGGUGAGCUGGGCCCGGCCUGGCACCGAUGAGAGAUUGGCUCUGGAGAAGAAAAGGAUCCGGCCCAGCGCGGGGAAGACUGGUUCAGUCAGUGGCUGGUUCUCAGAUAACCCUUUGGCCUUACGACUCAUGGACUUGGAAUGGGACGGAGCUGGACAUUAUCAUUUGAAUUAACAUGGCUUUCCUCUAUUUUUUUCUCUCUAGACAGCCCUUAAUUCUUUAAGGAGAAUAAACAUCAUAGAAAAAGGUAAUUUAAGAAUGAUUUCUGAGGCCUUUCUCUACAAAGAUUUUUCAUGAAUGGGGCCCCACAUUACAGGGUCUUAUUGUACACACCAAUCUCCUAAACAUUACUUCCUUAAAAUCUUGUUCACAGAUUAAGGAUUUCACAGUGGAAAGAACUAUCUUUUCCAGAGUCCCUUUGCUUACCCCCCCCAAAUCUGCAUGUAGUUCUUCAUCUGAACACCUGCACAAAUUCUCCAUCUUAAACGGAAACUGAAAAGAAAAAAAACGAGUUAAGUGACUGCCUUUUUUCCUCCUCAAAUUAUGCUGUGAAUUUUACAAUAAUUUAUUUUCCCUUUGGAUAUUUUUUAUACCAAAGCAGUUGUUUUUAAAGCAUAUUAGGUGUCUGUAACCAAUAAUGUAGCAGUUCACCACUUUUGACUCCGUUUAUCAAGAUCUUAUUUUAACGUCAAUACAAAACAGCAGCAAUAUAUUGCUCUAGCAAAACGGGAACCCGUUGUUGAACUUAGCUGCCGUAUAUUUUAACAGUUAAGGUUGCAAUGUUUUACCAAACCUGUUUCCAUAUUAUUUGGUUGAUUAAUUUGUGGAGUCUCUCUUUUAACCUUAGUAUGUUUAGCGACAUUGGUAGUUACUCUGCAGGCUCCAGAGUAGCAGAAUUAAAAGCUCAUGGUUCAAUGGAGACAACUGCAUUCUAUUUCUGCAUUUUCACCCACGUAUACCAAUUAUUAUUUUUACCUUUAUUUAACUAGGCAAGUCAUUUAAGAACAAAUUCUUAUUUUCAAUGACGGCCUAGGAACAGUGGGUUAACUGCCUAUUCGUUAAGGGUUUCGCUGCCUUUCAUACAUAAUUUGGUCGACAUGCUAGCUACUGCCAUAACUCAAGACUAUUUUAGUUUCAUUACCCUGGCAGUGUACAGACAAUUGUUUCAAAAUUAUUUGGCAGGGCACCUUGUGAGCCUGGUCCUAUUCAAAUGGAAAGGGUACCAGUCAGCCCUCUUGCUAAUGUCCUGAGGAUGGUGCUCAACUUAGGCAGACAUGCAUGUCCGUAGAACUCGACAGUAAAUAAAAUACAUGUUUCAUUCAGUUUAUUUUAUAUCAGGGAUUUAAGUGCUUAUUUUUUUUAAUGCUUUUUUUUUUUUGGUCAUCUCCGGAAAAGUAACAAGACCAAAGUCCUGCUCAUAACAGCCUUCUUAGUUAAACACACACAGACUGCAGGACACCAUUCUAUUGUCAUCAUAAUUCAGGGGAGAGACCAUCACAAGGACAAAUCAUGUUUGGUAUAACCACAAACUCAAAUGCAAAGCUACCUGUAAUGAUAUUUUGAUUUUAUCUAAAUGUUAAAAUUUUAAUCACAAUCAUUUUUCAUACCCCUCAUGAUUUUUGAGAUUCAGAAAGUAACAGUGGUUUUGCUGGCACUCAUACUGGUACUAAACAUUCCAAAAUAAAGGUUUAAAAAAAAUAUUUAAAAAAAAUUACUUGAGUGACUCUUAAGUGUGAGCCUGUUUCAGAUCAUGCUGAAUGACCUUUGAUCUAGAGCAGUUGUCAUGACAUGCAGCCCCUUUUUAAUAGUUGAAAUAGAAUUUAUGUAUAUAUUUAUAUUUUUUAAUAAAGGAAGUAUAGAACUCACUACCUUGCUCCUGCUGGUAUGAUGAUUGUUUGUCAAUUUGGUGACCAUUCAGUGGCAAGAUCUCAGUUUUCUUAGUCAGUGGUGUAUCAUGGUCUCUGGUCAGAGGUACUUGACUACAUCAGGACAACACUAUGAGGUAGGGUUUGAAUCAAACAGGGAAAGCUAUAUCUUCAAACCUUAAUUUUCACAGGGUAUAUUGUAAGUGCAUGUACAUCCACAAACCUUACAUUUUGGUUGUAUGAGAAGCACAUGGUGGGGAAAAAAUGGUUCCAUUUUCAAUAAGGCUGUUAUGUUUGGGUUUCACACAUUUGAGUACUUGUUGACAUCCCUCACCCUACAGAAAGAAGCGCAAGUCCUCUGAUUUCAUUUGAAUACCUUUUCCUUCAAUUUUUAUUUUAUCAAAUUUUUUGUACAUGCAACAUGCACUAUAAAACUGAACAGCAUGGGGAAAAGGAUAAGUCCAUGUAUCCACAGAUUGUAAGAUCUAGUCAAGACUUUGCUGUGUAUAUGACAAUGCCCUUUGUAUUAUAUUAAGACAGUCUUAUGUAUGAUAUAUAAAAAGAAGUUAAUUGAA